AUGCCUCUAAGAGGCAUGUGGAUGAUUUAUUGUGAUGGAGGAGCACUCGUUUCUGCAUUUUUGCCAAGUACCGUACAUUUAUAUAAAAUUUAUGUUAGAAUCUUGCCAAAGCCUUCUAAUGAAACAGGAAAUAAAACUGAUAAUAUAAAAUUAAUUUCUCCUCCUGAAAUCAUUCAUCCUAUUCCUGUAAGUCAAAUAAAACAAGAAGUAGAAGAAGUGAUUCUUCCAAGUAAUGAUGAACAUCUUAUUUCAAAUCAAGUUUCCCAAGCUUCUUCAGCAGCUACUUCAGUUCAGACUACUACAGUUCCAAAAGUUUCUAUAGAUACUUCUAUACAAAAUUCUCAAAUUCCCAUAAUUACAUCAGUUAAUAAUGGACAUGUACCCCAUGUUUCUAUGAUAUCAUUUCAAAAAGUACCUGACAUAUCUCCUCAAGUUCCAAUAAUUACUUCAGUACAGAGUGAGCAAUCUUCUCAACUUCCUAUGAUUACCUCAGUACAGAGUGGUGAUAUUGAUGAUUUGAUUAACAGUGACUAUAAGAUUAAAAAGGUAGAUAGUAAUUAAUGAUUCAGGUGUAACUUUGACAUUUUUUAUUUUUGUUUUUGAUAUUUUAUUUCUGAUAUUGGUUAAAAUGAAAUUAUAAGAAUGGAUUAAUAAAUAACCACCCAGUAAGAACCACGUGAAGCAGAAAAUUGCAUUUAAAUAUGCUGUGCACAAAAGGUACAUUAUAUAUAAGGUAAAUAGCCAUAACUUGAAUCAUACGUUCAUGUAAUUGUGUUGGAAAAUGGAAACAUUCAAAGCUGAGCAAUAUGGCAUAAUCAGUUUCCUAGUUGCUGAAGCUUAUGAGAUCACUGCAGUUCAUCAGCAAAUGCAACAUGUGUAUUGUUCAUGCACUGUAAUGCUUAUCCAGAUUAAGUUGUAGACCACAGGUUCCAACCUUCUUUUGGCCUAAUGCCCCUUUUCAGAAAAAAAAAAUAAAAAUUACUCAUUGUUUCAGAAAAAAAACACGCCAACUUCUGUUCUUGAAAUCAAUAAUGUAACCCAUAGUUUUCCAACUUUUUUGGGUCAUAGCCCACUUUUUCAAACAGUGAUUCGAUGGCACCCCUCUUAGGUGAAGUAUACUAUAUUAUAUAUUG